UUUAAAUUAAGCCAUAUUAAUUGGAUCUAUGUGUGUCUGCUUUUUCAGGAGUCUGUGGGGCAACCUCUGUAUUUGUUGGUGUCAGCACUGGUUGAGAAAACCUUGAAAGGUCCGGUGGACUGCGUGACAGGGAAGGCUUUGUACACACUCAAUGAAGACUGGUUGCUCUGGCUGUCCGAGGACUUCCAAACCUUGAAACUGAAGGUGUCAUUUUCAGUGGGCUCCGGAGAGGAAUCUGAGUGUCUGGAGGUGAGUGCGCUGGACUGCGACACUGUGGAACAGGUCAAGGAGAAGAUCCUUGCAGCAUUCAAGAGCAAGUUUGGCUUCCCUUACUACAAGCAGCUGGUAGAGAUUGACAUUUAUUACGAGAAAGAUGGUUCCACCGUCUUGCUCCUGGAAGUGGACAGCGCGUCGAAGGUCGUGGGUGAGAUGACAUUGCUCAACACGCUGAAGCAUUACAAGGUUCCUGAUGGUGCUUUGAUUAAGGUCACAACUGUGAAGAACCGGGCCCCUCUCACCGCACAAGCCAGUGUGAAGGACGAUCAGAACUUCACAACAAAGUACUGCCAUUUGAUCGACCCCGACAUUGACACAAGCCAAAGGAAAAACCCAGAAAGGAAGAAACUCAAGCUCAAAGAAAUCAACUUAACAAAACUGCUUUCCACAAAGGUUGCAGUGCACUCGUUUGUUGAAAACCUUUUUAGAACCAUAUGGGGGACGGCGAACAACAAGGUUUCACCAGCCAUAAAAUUCUUCUUCGACUUUCUGGACUCUGAAGUGGAAAGAAAAAAAAUCACAGACCCGGACGUGCCACACAUCUGGAAGACCAACAGCCUGCCCCUGCGCUUCUGGGUGAACAUUCUUAAAAACCCCCAGUUCGUGUUUGACAUUGACAAGACGCCGCUGCUCGACGGCUGCCUCUCCGUAAUCGCUCAGACCUUUAUGGAUUCCUUCUCCUUGCUUGACCAACAGCUGGGAAAGUACGCACCCACCAACAAGCUCCUCUACGUGAAGGACAUCCCCCAGUACAAGCAGGAGGUGAAGACCUUCUACAAACUGGUGAAAGACUUGCCACAGAUUACAGAACAGGAAUUCAGGGAAUUCCUGAAUGAGACCGCAAAGAAACAUGAAAACGAGUUCAACGAAUCAGCUGCAGUCCGCGACCUCUAUAAAUAUGUCAAGCGUUACUUCCGUGAGAUCCAGGACUAUCUGGAGCAGAACAAUACCCCCAGUGGCCUACUGGUGCAGCUAGAAGAAGUCAGGAACCAGUUUGAAAACAUGAGGAACUUAUCCUGGGAGUGAGAGGCUCGCCAGCGGCCGGGCCGGCAGCUUGUGGCUCACGACCGCCAGGGCCACUUCCAUUCAGAGCACGAAGACACCAUGAACAGCGGACACAUGCACUAACGGGUCACCAUUAGCUGUGUUUUGUGACAAGCCAAGAAAAGCAGCUUGGUGGUGGUGCCUCGUGCCCUCGCAGGUCGCUGUCACCCUGGCACAGCGAGAGCUGUCUCCCACCCAGCAUGAAGCAGAGACUCAGCUACCCGACUCGGCAAGAUGUGUGUCCAACCACACGCAGACCAGAGCACUAAACACAUGACCUGCUGUUCCCCCCGAAUCACACGACCCUUGUCCCACUGAUAGCAGUCUGUAUUAAAUAUUUGCAUAAAUUUGUGUAUUGCCAAGUUCAGAUUCGUUGGUGGAAAAGCCCGGGCAUUUUGGAUUCCUCUGAAGUUACCCAUCCCCACCAGCACGUCACAUGGAAAGGAACCGGCUAGUAUCUGUUCCUCUUUUCGGGCGAGAGUCUGUACAACAUAUGUAGCUUAUUCUAAUGUCUCUACAUUUACCGUGUUGUUUAUUUUGGUUUUCCUCAUUUGCAAAAACAUUAUAUCUUACACAGAUAGACAUGCUGCACAGAAUGACAGGGCACAGCGUUUAGACGCAGUCUGAAGCAAUUAAGACAGACAAUCCCUGGUAAAAAUUCAGCACAAUUUAAUGCCUGCAUGUAAAGUACCAAAAGAAAACAGGGCAUAAAUUAAAGUCAGGUAA